UUUCUCUCUCACUAUUCAAUUCAAUAUGCUUUACUGGCGUGAGUGUAACAAAGACAGUAUUGCCAAAGCGUCGAGCAAUAAUGCGAUUAAACAAAGAAAACACAAUUCAUAAAAUCAGGAAAACAGCAGAAAAAACAAAAAACACUCAGCAUUUUUCACUAACUCACACACACACUCACACACACAAGCGCGUGCGUCAGUAAAAGUCAUGGAAACAGAACGGUGACGCGGGACCGAGGCCGGGUGAGGUCUGCAGGCCUGCCCGCUGUCUCUCUCUGCACUUGGGCUUGACUCGAGUUGACCUGCUGCAACACCUGAGCGCCGGACAGCUGGACUCUUCUCUGAAAACUCCUCUGGAAAACGGAGAACUGAACCAGCGGAUAACUGAGAGAAGAGGAGGAAACACAAAGUGCUGGAGAAAUGCCCGUUAACAGAGCAGCAAACAAGGGGGAACACCAGCCUGACCCGGACAGUCAUCAUGCGGGGGGACUAGGCAAGGCAACUUGUUGCGUGGAACCAAAUAUAUAUAUUUUAUAAGGUAAGGUUAAGGUCCUGCAGCUGGAGGGAUCCCUGAGCUGAUGAGGAUCACCGACGACAAUGAAGGCAACUCUCUCCAGAUCUACUUCUCCUCUGAUGAAGAGGAAGUGGAGAUUGCUGUUGUUCUUGAGGAUGAUGAAGGUGUGGGCAUCCCCCCUCUCUCUGCUGAUGAAGAGGAUGAGGAUGAUGAAGGUGUGGGCAUUCCCCCUCUCUCUGCUGAUGAAGAGGAUGAGGAUGAUGAAGGUGUGGGCAUUCCCCCUCUCUCUGCUGAUGAAGAGGAUGAGGAAGAAGAGGCUGAGGAUGAUGAAGGUGUGGGCAUUCCCCCUCUUCCCGCUGAUGAUGAGGAUGCAGAGGUUGAGGAUGAUGAAGUUGUGGGCAUCCCCCCUCUCUUGGCUGAUGAUGAGGAAGAAGAGGUUGAGGAUGUCUUUGAGAAUGAUGAAGGUGAGGACAUUCCUGCGCGGCCCUCUGAUGACGAGGAUGAGCUUGGGAAUGAGAGUGAAGAAGAGGCCGAUGAUGAGGACACAGAUGACAGCGAUGACUGGACUGACAGGUCUGAAUCUUCUGACUGGAGUAGCGAUGACUCUGGUUAUGAGUCCAUGUCAGCUGAGGAAGAAGAAGAUGAUGAUAAUGACGAUAGGGAUGAUGGUGAUGAGGAAGAUGAUGAGGAUGAGUUUGAUGACGAUGAUGACAACUUCAGACCUCCUCGCUUUGAGGAUCUGCCUCCACCAGAACUUUGGCCUGGUUGGGAAGAACCGGUUCCUCCUGAAUUCAUUCAGUUUGUGCAACGAACUUUUCAGCGACUGAACGCCAGACCCCCGCAGGAACCUGAUCAGCAACGGGAACUUCCAGCGCAGCAUCAGGAACUUCCUGAAGAAGAUCCAGCGGAAUGGGAGUCUUUGUCUGAGUCCUGGAGUUGCUCUGAAGAGUCGACUCCAUCAACGUCUGGCCUCAGCUCCUCCACAAAGAGGAGCAGGGAGGAGGGCGAUGAGGAGCAGGAUCCUGUUCAAAGGAGGAGGAGGAGGUGCGAGGAAAGCCCUGAAGAGCCGACUCCGUCAACGUCUGGCCUCAGCUCCUCCAUAAAGAGGAGCAGGGAGGAGGGUGACGAGGAGCAGGAUCCUGUUCAGAGGAGGAGGUGCGAGGAAAACCCUGAAGAGCCGACUCCGUCAACAUCUGGCCACAACUCCUCCACAAAGAGGAGUGGGGAGAGAUACUGGGAGGUGAUCUCUAAGAGGCCGAGGUGGUGUGAUGACAGCGACUCAGAUUAGGUUUGUCAGCCCUGUAUGCAGCAGGACUGACAAUCCAUCUGGAAACAGUCGGAUCCUGUGCCUGGAUUUUUCUUUGUAGCCUUGAGGGCUGGCAGCGCCCCAGGUAGCGUCUUGCACCAGGGCCUAUUGGCAACCAGUGGCUUGAUUUUAGUUUUGUGACCUUAAGAGGUGGUCUUUGCGUCUGGCAGGGCUGGCGAUGCCCUAGGUAGCGACUUGCACCAGGGCCUAUCUGUAUCUGGUGGCUGGAUUCUGGAUUUGAGGGCUGCCAUUUGCGUCUAGCAGAGCUGGCAAAGCCCCAGAUAGUCUUGGCAUCUGACACCUUAAAUAUAAUAUAAUACGAAAUAAUAAGAUGAUGAGGAUGAGUUUGAUGAUGAUGAUAACAUCAUCAGACCUCCUCGCUUUGAGGAUCUGCCUCCACCAGGACUUUGACCUGGUUGGGAAGAACUGGUUCCUCCUGAAUUCAUUCAGUUUGUGCAACGAAUUUUUCAGCGACUGAAUGCCAGACCCCCGCAGGAACCUGAUCAGCAACGGGAACUUCUAGUGCAGCAUCAGGAACUUCCUGAAGAAGAUCCAGCAGAAUGGGAGUCUUUGUCUGACUCCUAGAGUUGCUCCUAAGAGUCGACUGCGUCAACAUCUGGCCUCAGCUCCUUCACAAAGAGGAGUGGGGAGAGAUACUGGGGUGUGAUGACAGCGACUCAGAUUAGGUUUGUCAGCCCUGUAUGCAGCAAGACUGACAAUGCCUGGAAUUUUCUUUGUAACCUUGAGGGCUGGCAGCGCCGCAGGUAGCGUCUUACACCAGGGCCUAUCGGCAACCAGUGGCUUGAUUUUAGUUUUGUGACCUUAAGAGGUGGCCUUUGUGUCUGGCAGGGCUGGCGAUGCCCUAGGUAGUGACUUGCACCAGGGCCUAUCUGUAUCUGGUGGCUGGAUUCUGGAUUUGAGGGCUGCCAUUUGCGUCUAGCAGAGCUGGCAAAGCCCCAGAUAGUCUUGGCAUCUAACACCUUAAAUAUAAUAGAAUAUAAUAUAAUGCUAUUAUUAAUGCCAUAAUAAUAUUAUAUACAAAAUAAUAUAAUAUAUAUAAAUCCUUUACUAUAAUUAAAUAUAGUAUAUGUAAUAUAAUUAUUAUACAUAAUAAUGUCACAGUCACAUGGUAGUUAUUUGUCCUAUUGUUUGGUUGCCAAAUGUCAAGAAGGCGGGUCUUAGUUAAUACGAGCCUGUCAGGGAUAAAGACGAAGGGGGAAAAGAGAUAAAGAGAGCAAGAAAGAGGAAGGAAAGAAAACACAAGAAAGUCGGCGUGCUGCAGAGUAGUGAAACGCCGAGCUGUGAGUCGCCACUGUGCAGUUGGUGACGUAAGAGGAGUGAGGCGACACUGCGGGGGACGAGUCCAACUCACCCUUCAUCCUUCUUAGGAGUCAGCAUCUGAUGGGACUCAGUAUAUGUUGGGGCCUGUUAGUAGCUGGCGUAGCCACAAGGCUUAGUGUUAAUGACUUCCCCUAGACAUAACAAGAACUUACUACUCCAGUUCUACCUGUGCUAUGACAGUAAUAUCAUUAUAAAUAUAGGAGAUAUAUUUAGGCCUGGUUUUAAGAGGGGAUCCCUCUUCCUGAUCCAGGUAUGAUUACAUCUUUACCGCUGCUCCUUUGUGUUGAUAGGAGCCAGUUGAGGUAUCUGACUGAAAUAUCUCAAGUGGCUCCUACAUGUGCCGUGCUGGCCUGAGGUUCAGUGGGCUUCAUGCUGAUAGAAGGAGCCAGGGAUAACAAAAAAGAAACAAUAACCCUGAAAUUAAUGGUGGACCUGCUCUGCCACCUGAGCUACUGCCAUUCACAUCAUGUGGGGAAAAGGUAAGUAUAGGAUGCGAGAUUCUGACUUGGAAAGAAAGUGACCUACAGUAGUCUAUUAUAUAAAGACACAGGAGGUAAUGUAUGCUAGCUUACAUAUGAUAUACCUGUUUAUUCAUUUUAUUUCACACUCACUCCUUUGUACUUUCUUCUUUUUAUUUACUGAGGUGACUUUACAGGACACAGGUAUGGAAAUCAUUAAUAACAUUAUCAAAAGAGUCUUGUAGGUCUUAUUAUCAGAAUCAGAAAUACAGUGGUGUGAAAAGUGUUUGCCCCCUUCCUGAUUUCUUUUUUUGCAUGUUUGUCACACUUAAAUGUUU